AUGCGAGAAUAUAACUUAAGGGGCAAGAUACUCGGUAGAAUGAUUAGUAUCGGCAAGGCAGCAGGGUUGUACCAUACUGUCAAAGGGGAAGGGCAGGAUGUAUUCGUAGGCUGUGGUCUGGGGGGAACGAGCUUGAUCAAUGCUGGUGUUUUUCUCAAGCCAGACGAAAGAUUGCUGGAAGCAGCAGAGUGGCCGGAGGAGAUUAGAGGGAACCCUGCAGGCCUCGAGCAAUUCUACAUGAGUGCCGAGCGCAUGCUCCAACCGACAGCAUUCCCAACAAGAUACCCAAAACCACGCAAACUAGCCGUCUUUGAACGGCAAGCCGAUAGUCUUGGCUUGCAAGACAACUUUUACCGCCCUCCGUUGACGACAACCUUCUGCUCCAGCACCAACCAAGCUGGGAUACACAUGAGCGAAAGUACGGGUUCUGGCAACGAGUGCACAGGUGUCAAUGAUGGUUCAAAGAAUUCAGUACUUGUAACUUACCUGUAUGAUGCUUGGACAAGAGGCGCCGAACUCUUCUGUGGAAUUGAUGUCAGACAUGUGAAAAAGGAGGGUCGAGGCAAAGGGUACAUAGUAUUCUACAACGUGUCCAAUGGGAGAGGAGGAAAGACAAAGAGAUGGGUCAGAGCCCGGGAGGUUGUCUUCCUUGGAGCCGGUGCGCUCGGGACCACGGAGGUACUGCUGCGGUCGCAACGUUAUGGCCUCCAUACAUCACCUUUGUUGGGUCAAAGGUUCACAGGCAACGGCGACAUGUUGGCUUUUGCAUAUGAUUGCGAGCACGACGUCGGUAGCCUUGGCCAUGAAGCCCUGGGUAAAAUGAGUUCCGAUUCAUGCGGCCCAACAAUUACUGCAUGCAUCGACAUGAGAGGCUCCACACACGCCAGAAAUGUACGGGACGGGUAUAUCAUUCAAGACGGCGCGAUCCCUGAAGCUCUAGCGCCAGUCAUUCAAAGCUUGCUCGAAACCCAAACCACCGCUGUGCUGUCUCGAUCAUCCAGCACUAGAGGUAAUCUGCUGGCCAGGUUGAAGAAUUGGAUCCUUGGACCAUAUGCUAGAGGUGGCAGCGUGAACCGCACGCUAGUGUAUCUUACCAUGUCCCACGACGAAAAGGAAGGGCAGAUGGUACUCGAAGAAGAUGCAGUAGUUCUGCGAUGGUCGGGCAUAGGGAGCCAGAAGCGGAGUGCACAUCUUGACAGCGUUCUUCUUGAGAUGACUGAGAACCUUGGCGGCAAACUCGUCAAGGCUCCAUGUAUUACUGUUCACCCGCUCGGAGGUGCGGUCAUGAGUAAUGACGGAACUGGUCUUGGGGGCGUGGUCAAUCAUCGCGGCCAGCUUCUUGUUGGAAUAGGACAUGAAGUAUACGAGGGGAUUGUCUGCGUAGACGGUUCAAUCAUCCCAACAUCACUCGGUGUGAAUCCAUGCGCUACAAUCACCGCACUGGCUGAGCGAAGCUGUGACCUGAUCGCCCAAGAACGUGGUUGGAAACCCGACCAUAGUUCAGAUGGUAGACUAAGUCCCUCGAAAGAUCCGCUCGUACCUGUACUACCAGAAUCCACAAAGAUUAUCAGACUUAAUACCAUCGAGGAUUCGAUCGAAGGCAUCCGAUUUGAGGAAGUCAUGCGAGGUCAUAUUCACCUCGGCAACCACGUCUCAGACUUUAAUGACGCGGAAAAGGUUGCUAGGGAGGCUUCAAGCUCAGCUCAGCUCGCACUCACAGUGGACGCACGCCGCAACCGAAAUGGCUCAUAUCAGGGUGUGCCAUUUGGCACAUUUGCUUGCGGCGCAUUAUCGCAAGACCCGCUCAUGGUUACUGGUGGCACAGUCGAGUUCUUUACAAUUGACGAGGAAGUCGCAGAUGCAGUCAAUCUCGUGUACAAGGUAGACCUCUUGAGUACAGAUGGUGCGAGAUACGGCUUUCACGGUUACAAAAGACUCAAUUCGGCUGCUGCAUUCUCGGUCCCGAGAACUUGGGGCGCGACAACAACUUUAUACACAACAAUCACUGGAUACGACGGCGUUGUGGUCGGCCGAGGUAUCUUACACUUGUCACUCCACGACUUUGUCUCGGAACUUCAGUCCCUACGAUCUCGUACAACUAUCAGUGGCAUGAGCAACAUGCAAGCGCAGGCUCGGUUCCUCAAGUUUUUCACGGCUAACAUCGCGUCGUACAUGUUCAGUCCCUUUCGCCGACUUCAGUAUCCAACACCGUCCACCGGGAAAUCGGGCUACUUUGACAAGCCAGUUCCUACUGUGACGAUGCUCACAGCCGACGAUGGGGUCAGGUUUCCCAUCAAGUUGUGGCAGCCUCCAUCUGGCACACAAGAGAAGCAUACGCCGAUCGUAUUCAUCCCUGGUGCAUCUGUAGACGAUCAAAUGUUUUCCUUGCCAACUGUACCCACGAACACCAUUGAUUACUUUACCUCACUUGGCUACCGGUGUUACGUCCCCAUUCUCCGUUUUGGGAUCGGAGAAGAAGCUAAAAAGGGCGAUACUGUAUACGAUGCUCGGUUGGACGUUCGAGCUGCCAUGCAAUACGUUCGAGAGAUGGAACGAGAGAGAAAGAUCUACGCCGUUGUUCAUUGCUUGGGGAGCAUAGCAACAGGCAUUGCUUUGCUCGAAGGCGACGUGGAAGCUUCUUGGUUGAAAGGAAUGACAUGUAGUCAAGUAUUCACCAACCUACUUUUCAGCCCGGACAACGAUUUCAAGGCGCGGCAUCCCAUUCUCAUAAAGGCAUAUGAAGUAAGUCCUGUCUUCUCCAUCUACCAAAUUUCUCUGCUUACAGCCGGGUAG